UCAGACGCUUGUUGUUGUCCGGCCGGAGGAGGCAGAGGUCGGUCGGUUGCUCGCUCGCCAGGGCGGUCUGUGACGGUCGGCGGGCAGGUCUGUCGCGAUAGUCGGGCGCCGUGCAGGGGCGAGACUAUGUCGCGGUCGCGGCCCGGGUGGGCCGGCAGGGCCGGGAGUAACGGGCCGUCGCCGCGGAGCUUCUUUUUCCGGAGACAGUGCGGCCCGAGCGGAGGCCGCGGCGCCGCCCUCCGGUCCUGAGGAGCCCGCGCUCCCGUAGCCCGCCCCGCCUUCUCACCCGCGCCAACGCGUACCGACUGGCCCGGCCCGGCCCGGCUGAGCGCAGCAAGCAGGUAGCACUAGCUCCUCGGAGCACAGGGCCCCCUUCGCAAGGACAUGAAGCUGUUGGAGAACUCAAGCUUUGAGGCCAUCAACUCGCAGCUGACCGUGGAGACUGGAGAUGCCCACAUCAUCGGCAGGAUUGAGAGCUACUCAUGUAAGAUGGCAGGAGACGACAAGCACAUGUUCAAGCAGUUCUGCCAGGAGGGCCAGCCACACGUGCUGGAGGCACUGUCCCCACCCCAGACCUCGGGCCUCAGCCCCAGCAGGCUGAGCAAGAGCCAAGGUGGUGAGGACGAGAGCCCCCUCAGCGACAAGUGCAGCCGCAAGACCCUCUUCUACCUGAUCGCCACACUCAAUGAGUCCUUCCGGCCCGACUAUGACUUCAGCACCGCCCGAAGCCACGAGUUCAGCCGGGAGCCCAGCCUCAGCUGGGUGGUGAACGCCGUUAACUGCAGUCUGUUUUCGGCCGUGCGAGAGGACUUCAAGGCCCUGAAGCCACAACUGUGGAACGCAGUGGAUGAGGAGAUCUGCCUAGCCGAAUGUGACAUUUACAGCUACAACCCAGACUUGGACUCAGACCCCUUUGGGGAGGAUGGCAGCCUCUGGUCCUUCAACUACUUCUUCUACAACAAGCGGCUUAAGCGGAUUGUCUUCUUCAGCUGCCGCUCCAUCAGUGGAUCCACCUACACUCCCUCGGAGGCCGGCAAUGAGCUGGACAUGGAGCUGGGAGAGGAGGAAGAGGAAGAGGAAGACAGCGGAGGUGGAGGCAGUGAGGGCGGACCCGAGGAGACCAGUGCCAUGGAGGAGGACAGGGUCCCAGUGAUCUGUAUGUGAGGAGAAGAAGCAGAGGCCCCAGCUUCACCCAGCUUCAACUAGUGCCUGGACCUGCCCACCUGAGGGGCCCCAGGGCCUCCCCACCUGCUGGGAGACCCUAGUGCUGCCGCAGCUCCAGCGCAGCCCAAGGCCACGCCCACCUAGCCCUUUGGCUCCAGCCUAUCGCCGGCCACUCGCCCCCACAGGCUUCCUGCUACCCGCGCUGUGGUUGGACUGGACAGCACGGCACAGGGCCUGGUGGGAAAACCCACUGCCCUGCCCAAACGAACUGACACAGGCAGGGACAGCUGGACCACAGAGUUUAUUUUUGUAUUUUGUACUGGGUCAGCCCUGGGCCUGCACACUCCAGCCCAAAGGGCCUGAGACCCAGCAAGCUGGCCCCAGCGGUCAUCCGCCCUGGGCUUGGGCUGGCCCCUGGCGCCCACCUGUACCCUCUCCCCCCUCGCCCUUUGGGCAGCGUGCACUGAGUGUCACUUUGCUGCAGCUCGUUUGUUUCCAAUAAAAGUUUCUGUGACUUAG